UUAAUUAUCUCAACAAUGUAUCAAAAGCAACAAAAAAAAAUUGUUAGUAGAAAGGGUCGUCCCAUCGCUGUUGCAAAUAAUAUAGUGGUACCUAAGGUCACCGAACAGCAACCAAUAAAUGAGAUCAUCAGUGCAAACUAUUCCAACAUACGUACUGUUGAAGAUGACUCUAGAGUAGAUCCAGUCGAAGAUGUUCAAGAUCAAUACGAAGCCGCUGACGCCUUUAAAUCCGAAGUAGAGAGGUUCAUAGAAAUAUCCAAAUACUUUUCGAGUCCCUUAAGAAAAACAGCGUCCUACGUAUGUGAAAAUAGCUUGGUAUCUUAUCCUAAUCCGUAUCGUGUAGAGUAUAAGCGCGGAAGCGUAACGACGGAACACAUAAAGUUCAGCAAUUUAACUCUAGAACCAGUUUACAUUAAGCUUUACAAACUCGUUCCCGAUUUGGAACAACUCAAAUACAUCAAUUUAUCACUGUCUAGAUGUAAAAGACUUCCACCAGGACUAUCCUUCAACUUGGGAUUUGUGUAUGACGACCUUAAUGAAAAACCUCCGUGCAAUGCAAAAAUGGUAUUUGUUGCCUCACGAAAAACUUCAACACCUUGCUAUCAGAUAUGCGAAAUAGAUUUACAAAUAAGCGCCCAAAAGGUUCGACUUGUAACGGUUUAG